ACAUAAUCCUUGAAACUCUGCCUCCAAUUUUCCUGCUCCAGUGGAGAACAUGAAUGUGAUCAUGUGGACAGUGGUGCUCUUCCUCAUUAUGGGAAUCGUGGAUCUGAGCAUCGGCCAACAUUACAGCCGGUUCCAAUGGCUGUCACAUCUGCGAGGGCGGUGGCGGCACACUGGCUGGCGGGUUGAGGAUGUGGACUGCCCUUUGGAGUGCGACUGCCCCUCAACCUUCCCCAUUGCUAUGUACUGUCAUGGCCGCAACCUUCAGCAUGUUCCCUACAUCCCCUCACAUAUUAAGUAUGUCUACCUGCAGCACAACCAGAUCACCGGCAUCCAGGACGGGGUGUUUGACAAUGCUACCAACUUGGUCUGGGUUGUGCUGUUUCACAACCAGCUCAACUCAGACAAGAUCGGCAAGAAUGUCUUCAGCAAGCUCACGCACCUGGACCGGCUCCUCUUGGAUCAUAAUGAGCUUAUACGUGUGCCUCCCAACCUGCCCAUGUCCAUCACAGACCUACGACUUGGUCACAACAAGAUCCCAAAAAUCCUCUCCAAGUCAUUCGAGGGGAUGGCCAACCUCACCACCCUUCAGCUCCAAGCAAAUGUCAUAGAGGACAUUGGAGGUGUGUUCAAGGGACUGAAAUCUCUGACUAUGCUGGAUAUGAGGAAAAACAGGCUGAGGAAAAUCCCUGACAACCUCCCAGAGAGGCUGCAGCAGCUCUACCUGGAGUUUAAUAAAAUAGAGAGCGUGCCAGCGGGAUUUCUCACCAUGAAUCCCAAACUGCAGUUUGUCCGGUUGGCUCAUAACAAGCUAACAGAUAAAGGACUUCCAUCCAAUGUCUUCAAUAUCAGCACGCUGAUUGAGCUUGACCUUUCUUUCAAUAAACUGGAGAAGAUCCCUGUUGUCAGUCGGAACCUGGAGAACCUUUAUUUGCAAGCCAAUAAGAUCAAAGAGUUCUCCCUGGGCAGUUUCUGCGGUGCAAUCGACAUUACAAACUUCUCCAGGCUAAGAAUGCUGCGUUUGGAUGCCAAUGAGAUCAGUGCCAAAGACAUUCCUGCUGAGGCUGCCUACUGUUUGCGGCUUGUUGCCUUUAUAGAUGUGUAGCGCUUCCUGCUCUCUCUCUCUCUCUGUCUCUGCUUUCUCUCAACUCAUCCAGGGUGUUGCUCAGUCUGUUACAAUCUGACCUCGUGUCACCUGUCACUAUAUUUCAAUUAUAGUACAGUCUAUUCCAUCAAAGCAUA